UCAUAUAUGCAUCCGUUUACUCGCCAGUGCAUCCUAUGACACGCUAACCGCCAGCAUCUCAACUGCAACAAUGAAUGUGUUCUCUGGUGUUGCGCUUCUACUGUUGGGCUCUUCCAUGCUCCUGUACGCAGAGGGCACGAAGUGCACAGGCGGAUUCCACAAGCAUGGAGAUUCUUGUUAUUGGCUCUCGAACAUAAAAGGAACAUUUGCAGAAGCGAGGUCAAUCUGUCGCUUCCUGGGCAGUGAUCUGGUCACCAUCACCAGUCACACCGAGGAUGUCUUUGUCAGAGGGUAUGCGACCCAGCGGGGAAAAGCUGAAAGAUACUACCUGGGGGCCACCGACCUCGGCCUGGAGGGACGCUGGAUAUGGACGGGGAACAAGCCCUUCACUUACACCAACUGGGGACCAGGGCAACCAACUAACUACAAAAAUAAUGAACACUGUCUCGAAGCUUACAAAGGUUAUGGAUACGGUUGGAAUGAUGUUCAUUGUGACAUGAAAGCUAAUUUCAUUUGUCAGAUGUCGCCACUGAGAGGAUAAAUAAAACUAUUGUUGCAGUCUGUCUCUGA